AUGUUUGAUUUAUAUAAUUAUAAUUGUGUGAUUGAAUUUGAUAAAACAUCUGAUAAACUGAGACGAAACGCGUUAAAUUCAGUUCAAUACGCUGAAUUUUGUCUUUCUAGUUGUAAUUAUGGUUCAAAUGAUUUAGUUCGUAUUGUUGAACAUGUUUCCAUCUUUGAAAAUGAUCUUUCUCAAUUAAUUCAACAAUUAAAACGAUUUGCCUUUCUGGAUAUUUCUGGUCGAAUUGGUCGUCAAAAAAUCGAACCUUAUCGUUCUAUGGUUCAAAAACGUUUUCCUAAUAGUCAAUUUGAUAUAACAAUAAUAAGAUUUCCUCUUUGGUUUUGUUCUUUUACAUAUUCUAUUCAACAGACAUAA